AUGAUGCACCUUUUAGUAUCAUUGUUAUGUUUAGCAGUAGUCGCUUCCUGCAAGGAGGACUCUCCUGACAUCAUACCGAUACCGGGCGGUUUAACCGGCGAUGCCAUCACCACCAGGUACUGGGAUUGCUGCGGAGGGUCCUGCAAUUGGGACGCAAUCGUGCAUACUAAAAACGGUUUUCCCGUGAGGUCCUGCAAAAUCGACGGCGUUACCAACAGCACGAAGGAAGAUAACGGAAAUUCCGUGUGCAAUCCGAACAGAGGAGACGCUUUCACUUGCACCAAUCAACAACCCAUUAUCGUCAACUCCACUCUCUCCUACGGGUUUGCUGCCGUUUCGUUUACAGGAAGCAUCGAUUACUCGCAUUGCUGCGAGUGUUACCUCUUGAACUUCAAAGGCCAGUUGGCUGGUAAGCAGCUUCUGGUGCAAACCAUCAAUACUGGAUCGGAUUUGGUGUCCAACCAGUUUGAUAUACAGAUACCUGGAGGUGGAGUUGGCCUGGGUAACAUCGGUUGCCAGGUGCAAUGGAACGCUCCGGUAAACGGCUGGGGUGAUAGAUAUGGCGGGGUGCAUACGAUCGAAGAAUGCAACGAGCUGCCGGAGGUCCUGCAAGAGGGAUGCAGGUGGAGAUUUACGUGGAUGGAAGGAGUUCCGAAUCCCAAUGUGACUUACACGCAAGUUAAAUGCCCGCUGGAACUGAUCGCUAUUACCAACUGCGGAGAUUUCGAUUGA